AUGGCCACCACCGCCGCCGGUCGCAUGCUGUCACGGCAGCUGCAGCAGAUGCAAUCGGACAAGGACAUCCCCGGCAUCAGCUGUGGAUUGGUCGACAACAACGUCUUCGAGUGGGAGGUGAUGCUCAUGAUCUCGGAUGAUGUCAAGCUCUACGGCGGUGGUUUCUUCCGCGCCAGACUCUCCUUUCCCCCGGAUUACCCUCACAUGCCGCCGAAGAUGAAGUUCGAGACUCCUCUCUUCCACCCGAACAGUAUGUUCCCGCCGCCCUUCUACCCCAACGGCGACGUCUGCAUCUCCAUCCUCCACCCCCCCGAGGAGGACAAAUACGGCUACGAAUCCGCCGCCGAGCGCUGGUCCCCCGUGCAGACCCCCGAAACGAUCCUGCUCUCCGUCAUCUCCAUGCUGUCCAGCCCCAACGACGAGAGCCCCGCCAACGUCGAGGCGGCGCGGCUAUGGCGCGAGAACCCCCAGGAGUUCAAGAAGCGGGUGCGCAAGUGCGUGCGCGACAGCUUGGGCGAGGAGUAA